UUUUCUAGAUUUCACAGUUUUGGUAGAUCUUUGUAUUUGUGCUCACGAAUGCUUUACAGCAGCAUGCAAUAUGGAUGGAAUAUCUCAAAUUCUUCAUAAUGCACAAACUUUAGUAACUUUGCUUGAAGAGGCUGAAAAAUUUUCCACAAUGGUUCAUUUAUUGACAGGCUUAGACAGAUACAGUGAAAUGAUGUAUGUUUUUGACAUUUUGAAAUCACAUGAUAAAUUCAGUAUUCUUUUCGAAAAGAAAAUGGACAAUAUGCCAAAUCUUAGACUAGCAUUACUAGAUUACUUGAAGAAAUAUCCACCAUCUGAGAAUGACAACUAUUUUUAUACACUUGCCAACAGAUUUGGCAUGCAUCGUGAGAAGGCUGAAAUUCUUGAAAUGUCAGUGCAGAAACUCUUAUCACAAUUGUGUAAAAAAAAUAGUGGUAAGUUAUUAUUUUUAUAUGUAGCUUCAAAUAUGUAUCACUAGAUCUUUCAAUUCUAA